AUGGCCAUCUACUGUGACCGGAAAGACGUCGUUGCCUGCGCACCAACAGGGUCUGGAAAGACUCUGUCCUUCUGGAUUCCUCUGAUCAUGGCGCAGGCGGAUGGAUUGAAGAAGAUUAUGAUCGUCGUUACUCCGUUGAACUUGCUAGGCCAGCAGAAUGUGAACGAGCUGGCAUUAGCUCAUAUCCGAGCUGUGGCAGUCAAUAGCGAGAACAAUUCAGCUUCAUUAUGGAAGGUGAGGGAUUUAUUACUUACUAUUUUCUUUACUAAGAUGUGCCACGAUGGACAGGACAUCAAGACCCAUCACUUCGACGUCGUCAUCAUCAACCCCGAGAUCUUAAUGGGCAGUGACGAGGCUACGGUGCUUCUUGAGGAUCCGAAAUUCGCGUCGUUGAUACUACACAUCGUCUUCGAUGAGGGACAUUGUAUUAGUGAAUGGGGGAGGUUCCGGAAAGAUUAUUCUCGCCUGGGUGCUCUCCGACACACGAUUCGAUCAGUCGAGAAGAUUCCGUUCUAUGUUGCGUCUGCUACGUUGCCAAAAUCCAUCCUUGCAGAUAUUGCGAGCAUACUCCGGCUUCGAGACGACGAAACACGAUACAUAUUGCAAUCGAAUGACCGGCCAGAAGUCGCUCUACUAGUGCGACCGUUAGUCUAUGCUGCCAACAGCUACAGGGACCUUGAGUUCCUCUUGCCAGGCAAACCGUAUUGCAAUGACGCACCCGAGAAGUUCAUUGUUUUCUUCGAUAAUAUGAAAGAAGCAGAGGCGGCGCGGGAUGCCCUGCGAAAGCGGCUCAGUACCAUCAAUAAGAGCCGAGUGAAACACUUCCACUCGACGAUGACACAAGACUACCGUCGAGAAGAGUUGGAACGGUUUCGUCGGCUCGCCAGCAGAAGUACCCUAAUAGAGCUAGGAGAGGCUAGGAGGCAUAUGCUAACAACGCGUGAUUUAUCCCAACAAGGACAUAAACUGUCUGCCGUAGUCUGCCGAGGCAUAGCUGUCACAAGUGACUCAGGUUCUCGGCAAAGGGCAUGGGAAGAGAUUCGGAGGUCUCGGCGACAUAUUUUGCCAGCCGCUCUGUCGAGAGUUUCAAGCUCGCUUGACGAUGUACUUGUUUACAUCGCGCCUUAG